AAUGUUAAGUUCUGUUGGAGACAGUCUCAGUAAAACACAACCACAGCACAAGUACCGGCUGCGUUUGAGCCCAUAGAUUCCAGCCUUCUUAUUCGUCUCAUUGUGUUAUUGUUGAAUCGAUGUCUCGCACCCAGACAGCGAUGCCGCUUUAAGACCCCUGAUUGAUCAGCGUCGUGUGAUCCCGCAGCCUUUGGUUCGCUGAGGCUGGAGGGUUGGUCCUCGGAGCACAAUAUCCCAGCUGCGGAGUGGGAGUGGGAGUGGGCGAGCCGGGAUAGGCUGGGAGUUCGGUUGAGCCGCCUGCCAGCGGACGGACGCACGGGACGUGGGAAGAGGGGGCUCUUAACUUCUGGCUCGUCAGCAGCUGAACGUGGGCAGGGAAUUUGACGUGGGCACUUGUACGGAAACCAGCCUUUGUUGCGCGCGGACGCCGCGGGUGACGGAGGAGCGUCGCCGGGCAAACUUUCUCCAGCGGCUUCGAUCGCUCGUCGGCACCGACGGGGAAAUCUCGGUUUGUUUCUCAAAGGGAGGCGGACAGAAGGGGACGUCAUGCCGCGGCGCACCGUGCAAGAAGUAACCGUGCAGGACGUCCAGAAACGACGGAGCCCCAACAAACACUACGUGUACAUCAUCAAAGUGUCCUGGAGUGAUGGCAGCACAGAAGUCAUUUACCGACGCUACAGCAAGUUCUUUGACCUGCAGAUGGAAUUGCUGGAUAAAUUUCCAGUGGAGGGAGGCCAGAAGGAUCCUAAACGCAGGAUCAUUCCUUUUCUACCAGGAAAAAUCCUGUUUAGAAGAAGCCACAUCAGGGAUGUGGCCAUGAAAAGACUGAGGCCCAUCAAUGAGUACUGCAGAGCCCUCAUUCAGUUGCCGGUUUACAUCUCCCAGUGUGAGGAGGUCAGAGUGUUUUUUGAGACUAGACCCGAAGACCUCAACCCACCAAAGGAGGAGCCCAUCAGUAAGAAGAAGUCAGGGUUUGUGGAGCGAGCGACCACUUUCCUAAAGCGAGGAGAUUCCAACGCAGCAGAUGCUCUCGUCCUCGACCAAUAUGUGGCAGUAACGGACUAUGAGAAGCAGGAGAGCUCUGAGAUCAGCCUGCAUGUGGGUCAGGUGGUGGAAGUCAUUGAGAAAAAUGAGUCUGGGUGGUGGUUUGUGAGCUCAGAGGACGCCCAGGGCUGGGUACCGGCCACAUGUCUGGAAGCACAGGACGAUCCGGAUGACUUCAGUCUUCCAGCAGAAGAAGUGCCUCGGAGAUUCUGGUCACUGCCAAGGCACGUGGGUCGCCGCAGAACUUUAGGGGAUCUAUUCAGCACAGGCUUUGGGCAAGAAGAGAAGUAUUCAGUCAUUUACCCGUACUUGGCCAGAGACCAGGAUGAGAUUGACCUGGAACGAGGCAUGAUUGUUGAGGUGAUACAGAAGAAUUUGGAAGGCUGGUGGAAAAUCAGGUCCCAGGGCCGUGAGGGCUGGGCCCCAGCGUCCUACCUGAAGAAGACUGACCUUCAGAGCCAGAAACAGUCGUCAGGUGCUGCCGUUCAUGCCAGUACAAACGACCUGGACGGCUUCUCUAAGCAGAACCAGCAGAAUAAUGCAGCUAGAGAGAAUCGAGACAACAGCCAGAAAGAAAACAGGCUCUCGUUUUUCUCUGAAAACAAAAAAGUGGGAUCGAGGCACAGACCACCUCCACGCAGGGAUCUUACCAUUCCACGUGGCCAAAACCUGCCCAAGCCACCGAUUCCUCCACAGGUUGAGGAGGAGUUCUACACCAUAGCUGACUUCCAGACUACCAUCCCUGAUGGUAUUAGCUUCCAGGCGGGAAUCAAAGUUGAGGUGAUUGAGAAGAAUGCAAGUGGUUGGUGGUAUAUCCAGAUAGACGACAAAGAGGGCUGGGCCCCUGCCACCUUUAUCGACAAGUACAAGAAGACCAGCAAUGCCCUGCGCCCUAAUUUUCUUGCCCCUCUGCCCAAUGAGAUGGAAAAGAUGAAACUUGAAAAUGGGGGCUCUUUAACGGUUUCCAACGCAGACGACAACUGGUCCAAGCCUUUACCAGACGAGCCCACCACAGCAGCUGAGUCCUCCGCUCGGUCUAAGCUGAGAGAUUGGAAGUCCAACGCCAGCAAAGGGGGCCCUACUUUCUCUGGGCCUUUGCCUCCAGCCCCAGCUGCUCCUCCAGUCGAGGAGAAACCGGCUCUGCCACCUCGAAGGGAGUCUAUUAAUAAGAGCUUUGAGCUGGAGGUAGCAGAGAAACCAAAAUCAGAUCUUUCUAAGCCAUUGCCCCCAAAACCUCCAGCUCCUGGCGUCAUUGUGCCACUGGUGACACCUAAACCAGCCCCCUUCAAACCAGAAAAACCACUUGAGGCCAAGAGAGAGGACAAGAGCAAAGCUCUUCAUCUUCGAAAUGAGAUGGGUCUUGAAUGUGGACACAAGAUCUCUGCCAAAGAGGUGAAGAAGUUUAAUCUGAAACCUGUACCUAAACAGCCACCAAAGCCCAAAUCAGAAGCGCCAGAGGAGAAACCAGAGGGGGUUGGUCCAGCUGUGUUAAUGAAGGCUAAGCCCGUGAUCCGACCCAAACCCGUUCCGGGUGCAAAACCAGAUCCACCAGCAGAGAACAAAGUGGACAUCACCAAUCUGAGAAGCAAGCUGAGGCCCGCAAAAUCUGCAGAUGCUGCUUCUGGGUCGGUUGAUGCAAGUCCUCAGGAUGGCACCUCAUCUGCAGUAAGCAGCUCUGCUAAUGGGAAGUUCAGUGACGAGCCAAAACUUCCCCCAAAACACCUUAAUGGUCAAAACCUGGAGAGCUCAUCUCCCCCUGCAAAACCACCAGUGCCUCCCCACAAGGAACCCCCUCAGAGACCCCCUGCCAUGGCUCCAAGGAGACCUCCACCCCCGAAGAAGACUGACCCAUCCAGCCCCACUGAGCCCAAACCCCCAGCUGCUCUGAAAGAGGCACUGGACAUUCCCAAAGGUGGUCCCCCACAACUGAGCAGACCGCCUCCCCCCAAACCCAAAGGCUUUAUUCCACCACCUGGAAACAAAGAGAAAGAGGACGUCAAGUUGCAUAAAGUCCCGAUUCCUCCCAAGCCCCCGGUGAAGAGCGAGAAACCUGGUCCUCCCAAAGACAAGCUGCCGCCUUUACUGAAGGAGCCCAGUAAGGAUGAGCUCUAUUUAGCUGUAGCAGACUUUGAAGGAGAUGAACAAACAGCCGGCUUCAAGUUGGGGACGGUGUUUGAGGUGCUGGAAAAAAACAGCAGCGGAUGGUGGUUCUGUAAGAAUGUGGGAGAAGAAGUUGAGAGCUGGAUCCCCUCAAAUUAUCUGAGUAAGAAGCCUUAGUCUGGUUCUGCCUACAAACCCAUCAUGACAUGAAAAAAGAAACUAAGGAUUAGACUUAAACUAUCAAUACUUAAUAGCUAAUUAGCAUUAUCUUAUUUAUUAGGUGCCUUUUUAAUUGACGCAUUUUAAUUAUGUUUUAUAGGGUUAUUCUAAACUAAACCAGCAAUUACACGUAAACCUUAUGGCUCUGUGAUGUUUACUUUUUGCCAUCUAAAUAUUCAUGAAUAACCAUUACUUGCUCACAGUGCCGUAUGCUAGUUGCAGCCUGUGCCGGUGUUUGAGUAAGCAGGUUACGCCUUCUACGAUGUGGUGCUUCUGUAGCGCUUCAGUGCUUAAUGUUAUGCAGCUGUAGACGACCGUUGCUUAAAUUCACAACUCUCUGUAGAACCAGAUCCAUCAUCCAUCCAGCAGUUUAGGAUUCAAAACUGCACACGAGCUCACUGGGUGAGUCCCGUGACUGGGCUUUAAAAGCGCUAUUAGCAACUUGAAAACUGUCAUAGCCAAGUGGAGACACUUUAUACUCUGAAAAAUGCUUAUUAGUUUUUGUGCCAAUGUUUCCAGUUUUCUUGCAUAGUUAAUGUUGCAGUCGCCUGUAACAGAUGUGCACUUUUCAGUCAUUUUAGAGGAGGUAGGUUUAAGGUUUGCACAUGUUGAAGGGAGAAUGUUACAGUGCAUUUGAGUUUAGUUUUAGUUUUCUCCUAGUAUUUACUCCUUUAUAUAGUCCCUGUAACAAACUAUUGUUGUUGUCGUAUCCUUAACAAUCAGUGUCGCACCCAAACGAACUGGGGAGUUUGACUUGCAGAGCACAUCUGCACCAGCUGUGACCAAACAAACCACAGUUAUCUGUGCAAUGAUUUACAGUAUUGUAUCUGUACAGUCUAACAGCUUUCUGGUGCUCAGAUGUCAGUAAAGUAUGACCAUUGUAUAAAAAUGUUUUACAUUUAAUGCUUGACUGGUCUCAAGCAUUAUAGCAAAUUAUUUUUAUUGUACAGUAAUGAGUCAUAUCUAAAUGGUCAUCAAGCUUCUGAUGUCCAAAUGUUCGAUGUUUAACUUACUAGUGAAGAAGUGAUUAGAGACAGAAAGGGCCAAGAAACUAUGUGGCUGUUUUUCUUCUUUUCCUGUCGAGAGGGAGAAACGUAAUGUGAAACAGCUGGCUGCUGAUUGCACAUCAGGGGGUCGAGGUAAGAGAACGCUUCUACACAAGACAAGGCUUCAACAUGUAACAUUGAUUCUGUUACACUUCUAGUCGCUUUAUUUUCAUACUGAAAAGCAGUACGUUACUAGAAAAAAGAAAUAAAAUUAAACUCUGCUCAAAUGGUUUUGUUCAGCCAAAGCUUGUGGUUAAUAUCUAAAAGUACAAUACAGUAAAGCGUCAUUUCAGUAUUGUAAGUUUUUUUUUUUUUUUUUAAACAAUGUAUUUUUCAUUAAAUUGUCUCCUUUUACUUAAGUCAAUAAAAGUUUCAGAUUUUU